AUGGCCUCCCCCUUCUUUAAACCGAGGGAGCGAAUAUGGUGUCUGAAUGAAUCAUUAUUGCUGGAAGACGAAGUACGCACCGGUGUACGAGAGGCUUUAAUCGACUACUUCAAGGAAAACACCAACCUAGACACAGCCUGGACUAACUUAUGGGAGAGCCACAAUAAUGUAAUCCAAGGUGUUCUUAUUUCCAUAGGGGCAAACAAGAAGAAGGCUAGAUCAGAACAGAUCCGAAACAUUUUGGACAAGAUUGCAAUUGUGGACCUACGUCACAAACAAACAUUAGCUGAGACAGAUCUAAGUGAGUUCCUGUCGAUCAGGAAAGACCUUGCGUCACUUAACACUCAACAACAUUUCUCUAUGCUACAAAAAUCCAGGAGAUUCUUCUGUGAACUCUCAAAUAAGUGUGGACGCCUACUAGCUAGCUAA